AGCUGUUCAAACGCAGUCCGCCAUGGUACCGCGGCUCGGACGCAUGCGCACAACGCUCACCGCGACUUCCGAUGUCGCAGACGCGUCGCACGAACAUCGCAAUCGAAAUAUUAAAAAAAAAUGGAUUGUAAUUUGUAAUUAAUACGCAAUGUCGCGUGGUACGCAGUUUGUUAGAGUAAUAAAGUUUUUACUCGCCGGCGUGACAGUAUUUUGUGUGAGUUGGAUAGCCAGUGUGAACGAGUGGCACUCGGGGUUGCGAUGGAGUGGACGUCGUGUGGAGAACCUGUCCACCAUGAGGACCAUUGUUGGCUACUCGGCAGCCAAGCUGGCUGAGCUAGACCGACCCUCGCCGGUUGCUUGCAGUAGACUGCCGGCGUUCCCGGAAAUACCUUUAAUUAAUCGUACCUGGUCGCCUGACACCGAGAGCCCAUCCUGGCAACGCGUCAGGGGCACAUCGGUGUCACUGUACGCCGCGUACUACGACGACCGAGCCCCACAACGCUAUAUACGCAUUCUUGCUCAUUUUCACGGCCGUAAAAUAGCAAUAGAAGAACCAUUAUUCUGUCAAACCCGUUCGGCCAACCCUGAGAAAUACUCAGUAGAAGUUGUAGCAGCAAAGCCAGAAGAAAUCUGGUGGCAUGAAUGGGAUCAAACCCAAACCGAAGUAUUUACGCCCCUACUACUAUCAUGUCCUUUGACAGAAGAUAUGAGCGAUACAUCUGUUGUAUCCAUCGUUACGCAACCUUGUGAAAACCCUUCGAACGGAUUGUUACUUAAACCAUCGAAAACAAAAUAUAGAUAUAAUAGAACUUUCACAAUAUGUGUAAAGGAUAUGAUUUUCCAAAAAGACAUAUCCCAAAAUUUGAUAGAGUGGAUUGAAACAAACAAAUUGCUCGGUGUUGAUAUGAUUGAUAUGUAUAUAGAUAGCUUAAAUAAGAAAAGCGAAGAUAUUUUGCUACGUUAUCGCUCUCAGGGCAUUGUCCGGUUAUUCCAUGUUCCUAUUAAAUAUAGUUUCGAAAGAUCUCUAUGGCAGAGGCGAAGGGAUCAUAUUAUAACUUAUAACGACUGUUUGUAUAGAAAUAUUAGAGAAUCUAAAUUUAUUAUUCCGCUUGAUAUAGAUGAAAUAAUAUUGCCAAAAAUAGCAGACACAUGGGGCGAAUUACUGAAACGAUUAACCUAUCAGGGUUGGAAUCCAAACACGUACUCCGCAAUUUUAGUUCGAAACGUUUUCUUUUUUGACUUUCUGCAAGAAGUUCGCAAUUAUAAAUCUAGCAAACAUACAAAUAAAAAUAAAAUGUACAUGAAAAGAGAUGACGUACGAAUAAAAGAUGAAAACGUAUCAUUAGAGCAAAUUAAAUUAUUAAAUGAUACAAAUAGUAUUAAGUAUGAAAUAGACAAUGAAGUUGCAAAUAGUUCUACACAAAACAAUUAUAAGUCAGUAUGCGGCAAAGAAAUGCCCAUACCUAAAGUAGCAAGUCAUACAGUUAGCUCAGCAGUUAUUAGCCCUAUAGGACAUUACAGCAAAAGCUUUAUGCUUACAAAAAGAGUGCUGACAGCAUUUAAUCAUUAUCCUUUGGCAAGUCUCGGAGCGGCGGGCAUUGCUGGUUGGCCGGCGCCCUUUAACGAAGUGCAACUCAACCAUUACAAGGAGGCAUGCAACUCUACAGUUGUGUCGGAGUGCGAAAUAUAUUCGAAAACAUCACGGAUGGACUAUUCUGCAGCCCGUCUGAGUAGACGACUCACUAAAGUGCUUGCUACCGAUUUGUGCUCUAAAUUAAAAACUGUUUAAAU